AUGAAGAUUACCUCCCCGCUCAUAAGUAAAGCGAGAUUCAGGUGCACCGUCAGGCUUCUACUGCUGCUAUUACUAUGUGUGGGAUAUUCUCGCGGGAUGCCACACGUUUUAAGAUUUGGAGGAAUAUUUGAGUCCAUUGAGUCGGGGCCGUCAGGUGCCGAGGAACUAGCCUUUAAAUUUGCUUUAAAUACAAUCAACAGGAACAGAACCCUACUGCCAAACACAACGUUAACAUACGACAUCCAGCGGAUAAACAUCUACGACAGCUUCGAAGCCUCCAGAAAAGCCUGCGACCAACUAUCUCUGGGGGUGGCGGCCAUCUUCGGCCCCUCCCACAGCUCAUCGGCAAAUGCGGUCCAGUCCAUCUGCAAUGCGCUUGGCGUUCCCCACAUCCAGACGAAAUGGAAGCACCAGGUGUCUGACAACAGGGACUCCUUCUACGUCAGCCUCUACCCAGACUUCUCCUCUCUCAGCCGGGCCAUUCUGGACCUGGUUCACUUCUUCAAGUGGAAGACGGUCACCGUUGUCUAUGAUGACAGCACAGGUCUUAUUCGGUUACAGGAGCUCAUAAAGGCUCCAUCUCGCUACAACAUCCGCUUGAAGAUCCGCCAGUUGCCAGCGGACACCAAGGACGCAAAGCCUCUCCUCAAGGAGAUGAAGAGAGGAAAGGAGUUCCACGUCAUCUUCGACUGUGGACACGAAAUGGCUGCCGGCAUCCUAAAACAGGCUCUUGCUAUGGGGAUGAUGACAGAGUACUAUCACUACAUCUUCACCACACUGGACCUGUUUGCGCUGGACGUGGAGGCCUACCGUUACAGUGGGGUGAACAUGACUGGCUUUAGGAUCCUGAAUACGGAGAACAGCCAAGUGGCCUCCAUCAUAGAGAAGUGGUCCAUGGAACGCCUGCAGGCCCCGCCCAAACCUGACUCUGGCCUACUGGACGGCUUCAUGACGACGGACGCUGCGCUCAUGUACGAUGCCGUGCACGUGGUGGCCGUGGCCGUGCAGCAGUCUCAGCAGAUCACUGUCAGCUCCCUACAGUGCAACAGACACAAACCCUGGCGCUUUGGGAACAGAUUCAUGGCCCUCAUCAAAGAGGCCCACUGGGAUGGCUUGACUGGGCGGAUCACUUUCAACAGAACCAACGGCUUGAGGACAGACUUUGACCUGGAUGUGAUUAGUCUGAAGGAGGAUGGACUGGAGAAGAUUGGAACAUGGGACCCUCCUAGUGGCUUGAACAUGACAGACCACCAGAAAGGGAAGACAUCCAAUGUCACAGACUCCUUAGCCAACAGAUCUCUAGUUGUCUCCACCAUACUGGUGGAGCCCUAUGUGAUGUUCAAGAAGUCGGACAAGCCCCUUUACGGUAAUGACCGCUUUGAGGGUUACUGCGUCGACCUGCUGAGGGAGCUGGCUAGCAUCCUGGGGUUCACCUACGAGUUGCGUCUGGUGGAGGACGGCCGCUACGGGGCCCAGGACGAGACCACGGGCCAGUGGAACGGCAUGGUCAAGGAGCUGAUCGACCAUAAAGCUGAUCUGGCAGUGGCUCCCCUGGCCAUCACCUACGUGAGGGAGAAGGUCAUCGACUUCUCCAAGCCCUUCAUGACACUGGGGAUAAGUAUCCUCUACCGCAAGCCCAACGGAACCAACCCUGGGGUCUUCUCCUUUCUCAACCCCCUCUCACCCGAUAUCUGGAUGUAUAUUCUGCUGGCUUACUUGGGUGUCAGUUGUGUGCUGUUUGUCAUAGCCAGGUUUAGUCCCUACGAGUGGUAUAACCCCCACCCCUGCAACCCCGACUCAGAUGUAGUGGAAAACAAUUUCACCCUGCUAAAUAGUUUCUGGUUCGGAGUUGGAGCUCUCAUGCAGCAAGGCUCUGAGUUAAUGCCCAAAGCCCUGUCCACCAGGAUCGUAGGAGGCAUCUGGUGGUUCUUCACCCUGAUAAUCAUCUCCUCCUACACGGCCAACCUGGCUGCCUUCCUCACUGUGGAGAGGAUGGAGUCGCCCAUCGACUCAGCUGACGACCUGGCCAAGCAGACCAGGAUAGAGUAUGGAGUGGUGGAGGAGGGAUCCACCAUGACCUUCUUCAAGAAAACCAAGAUCUCCACGUACGACAAGAUGUGGGAGUUUAUGAGCAGUCGGAGGCACUCUGUGAUGGUGAAGGAUAUUGACGAAGGGAUCCACCGAGUUCUCACCUCAGACUACGCCUUCCUCAUGGAGUCCACCACCAUCGAGUUUGUCACCCAGCGCAACUGCAACCUUACCCAGAUAGGGGGUCUCAUCGACUCCAAAGCCUACGGCGUGGGAACCCCCAUGGGCUCUCCGUACAGAGACAAGAUCACCAUAGCGAUCCUGCAGCUGCAGGAAGAAGGAAAGCUUCACAUGAUGAAGGAGAAGUGGUGGAGGGGGAACGGUUGUCCGGAGGAUGAGAAGAAUAAGGAGGCCAGUGCUCUGGGGGUCCAGAACAUCGGGGGCAUCUUUAUCGUCCUGGCGGCUGGACUCGUCCUGUCGGUGUUUGUGGCAGUCGGAGAGUUCAUCUAUAAAUCCAAACAAAACGCACAACUGGAAAAGAGGUCCUUCUGCAGUGCCAUAGUGGACGAAUUGCGGGUGUCCCUCAAGUGCCAGCGGCGCCUCAAACACAAGCCUCAGCCGCCCGUCAUGGUCAAGACAGAGGACGUCAUCAACAUGCACACCUUCAACGACCGCAGACUGCCAGGCAAAGAGACCAUGGCCUAG